AUGAAUUUAAAUAGAGGUCAAAUAAUUGCAGAUGGAAAUCGAAGUCGAAAUAAUCAACUGAAUUGUCCAACAGACAUAAUUUUCGAUAAAGAAAAUAAUUCUUUUAUUAUUUCGGAUUGGCGAUACAAACGAGUAAUUCGGUAUUUUGACCAAAAUCAACAAAUUACUAUUUCAAAUGUUGAUUGUCAUGGUCUAUCAAUUGAUGAAAAUGGAUUAAUUUAUGUUUCUGAUUGUAAUAAGCAUGGAGCAAGACGAUGGAAACAAGGAGAUAAAAAAGGUGAAUUAGUCACAGGUGGAAAUGGUCAAAAAAAUCAUUUUAAUCAACUUAACAGUCCUAAUUAUAUCUGUAUUCAUGAAGAUGAUUCUCUUUAUAUAUCGGAUUGGUAUAAUCAUUGUUGUGAAGGAGAUGCAGAAGGUGAAGUUAUUGUUGGUGGAAAUGGUAAAGGAAAUCAAUUGAAUUCUCUCAUAGGUUUAUCAUUUGAUAAUGAAAAUAUUUAUGUUGUUGAUAAUGGAAAUCAUCGAAUCCAAAAAAUACGAACAAAUUUUAAUUUCAAAAUGGUUUUGAUUUAUUUGGAUAAGAUUUCUAUUUUUAUUUUUGAAAAUAAAUUAAAAAUAUUAGUUUACCAAAAGUCUUGA